AAACAAAAAACAUUUUUGGGGCAAAAAAUGGAUUUUUCAAGUAAUACUAAUAAACCAUCAAAAAUUCUUGUGGGAAUUUCUUUGGAUGUUGAAGAAAGUAAAGAACUUAUUUCUUGGGCAAUUAGAGUUUUAGCCAAUCCUAAUGAUACCAUUAUAGCACAACACAUUGUUGUGGCAACAGAGAAAAGCAAGAGAUUUGGUGAUCAAAGGAAAGAAGAAAGCAAGAAAUGGCAAUCUAUAUCAAAAAAUCAAACUCAAAUUCGAAAGGCAAAAGCAUUUGUUAUUUCUAUGAUGGGAGAAUUUACAAAAACAUGUCAAUAUAAACAGGUAGGUUUAGAGGCAAGAGUUGGUUUUAGUUCUAAUCCAGGGAGAGGUUUAAUUAAAGAGGCUAAAAGUAUUCCAGCUGAUUAUCUUCUCAUUGGUGGCAAAAAGAAUAAAACUUGCAGAUAUCCAUUCACAAUUGCAAAGUAUUGUUGUGAAAGAGUUCCAGAUAAUUGUUCACUAGUUGUGGUAGCUAGAAAAUCAGGGCAACCACCACCACAUAACAUUCAAUCCAAUUCCAUUCGAAUCCAAGAAAAUCAUCAACCUAGUACAAGAUGGCUUAAAGAAAAUAAUUCCCCUUCUUCAGAAAAACAACUUAUUACAAGGAAUUCACCAAGAACUGUACUAAAUGGUUGUGAAGGAGAAGAAAAUAGUUCAAGUUUUGGUGAAAAUUCCAUCACUAAAUCUUCAAUAUUAUCAUCAUCAUUAGUGACUAAGGAUUUCAAAUAUCAACAAGAUCAUUUCAAGAAACCAAUGUCUCCAUUGAGGCGAAUUUCGUCUUUUUUACGUUCACCUUUUGAUUCGAGCUCAAGGAAGAAAAGUUCAAGAUUUCAAAAUGAGGAAAAUAAACCAAUGUCUCCAUUGAAGUGUUUUAGCUAUGCGGAGAUUGCAAGUUCUACAAAUUAUUUCCAUCCAGAGAAUUUAGUGGGACAAGGAGGAUACUCAGAUGUAUAUAGAGGAGAUCUUGAAGAUGGAAGAAGAAUUGCAGUAAAAAGAUUAGCAAAAGACAGCAAUAAUAUGAACAAAGAAAAAGAAUUUCUAAUGGAAUUAGGUGUAAUUAGCCAUGUUAAUCAUCCAAAUACAGCAAGUUUAGUUGGUUAUUGCAUUGAAAAUGGAUUCUAUCUCAUCUUCAAAUUCUAUCCCAAUGGCACUCUCUCUUCAGCAUUACAUGGAAAAUCAAAUAAAUCACUUGAAUGGCCAAUGAGAUAUAAAAUUGCCCUUGGAAUUGCUAGAGGUUUACAUUAUCUUCACAAAUGUUGUAAACAUCGUAUAAUACAUCGUGAUAUCAAAGCAUCAAAUGUUCUACUAGGACCAGACUAUGAGCCACAGAUAUCAGAUUUUGGGCUAGCAAAAUGGCUACCAAAUAAAUGGACACACCAUGCUGUAAUUCCAAUUGAGGGCACAUUUGGAUAUUUAGCACCAGAAUAUUUCAUGCAUGGAAUUGUGGAUGAAAAAACAGAUAUUUUUGCAUUUGGAGUUCUUCUUCUUGAAAUUAUUACUGGUAGAAGGCCUGUGGACUCAUCAAGACAAAAUCUACUUUUAUGGGCGACACCCUUGAUGGAAGGUGGAAAAUUAAUUGAAUUAGCAGAUCCAAAGUUGGAGGGUGAAUUUAAUAUGGACGAAUUGCAUAAAAUGGUUCUUACAGCUUCAUAUUGUGUAAGACAAUCUUCAGUAUGGCGCCCGUCAACGACUGAGGUGUUAGAAUUGUUGAGAUAUGGGGAUGAUUCUGAGGCAGCAAAAAGUUGGAGAAUACCAAAAUUUACAAGUGAUGAAGUUAAUGAUUACUCAAUGGUUUUUGGAUAUGAUCUUCCUUCUGAUUUAAUUUUAGAAGACCUUUUCUAAUCUUUAGUUUUCAUCAUAAUGUUGAAUUAUUUUUCCUCAUUUUUUCCAUAGAUUUUCCACUUAUUGUUUAGUGUAUUAUGGCUUUUUUUCA